UGCAUAUCGGAGGUCCAGAGGGUAAGAUUGUCCCUGAGCAACUGCAUAAUGAGAGUGCUGUCUUUGUAGGAUUCUUCUCCCAGUGUGUCAAGCUCAGCUAUCGCUUCUUCAAAUGCCUACAUGUGAGAAUCAAACAUCAAAAUUUAAAAUUUUCCCCGAUAAAACCUGUUUUGUAACUAAUCCCCCCUAAAACAUACUAAACAAGAAGUUCUGUUUUUAAGCAGAAUGCGACAUCAGUCAUAAUAUGGACGUCGUUUUAGUCUCCAGUAUACGACAUCGUUUUUAUUCAGAAACUUUCGUAAAGUUAGGCGCGUGCAGUAUGUAGGGCCUUUGUAUGGGCCUUAUGAAGCUAAAUGCAAAAGUUAGGUUGGUUAUCACUUGAAUUCUUGAACUAUAGACAUUUUCAUCUUUUACAAUUCCAAACAGAAAGUGAUUAGAUUAGUUUUUUUUUGUGAGUCCCAUUAAUUCUCUUAGAUAUAUAGUAUAGCUAUGUGAUAAAAUUAUUAAAUGAGCAUAAAUAGUAUUUCAAAAAUAUUGUAAAUUAUAUCAUAGUUUCAUAAUUUAAUGAAAUUGAUUUGUUUCAAAUAUUUGAUUUUUUUAUUGGGUGAAAAGUAAUUGUAUCAUACAUAAAAGUAUGAUUUUUAUUGUUUAAAAAGACUAAAUCUAAGAUUUCAAAGUGUAAUAUAAUAACAACUAACUCCAAUGUGGUAAAAUAGUAUGUACAUUCAAAUAUAUAUGACAACCCUUUUAACACAAAAAGUUUGUGGGAAAUGUGCUUUCAAUUCUAUAAGAGAAAAAGUAUAAAACGUAAAAUUAAGAAAUGAAAGAUAAAAUAAUAAUAAAUAAUAACUAAAUAUGAUAGUGUUAAUGUAAAGAAUCCAAGAACACAUUAAUUAACAAUAUUUAGAGACCAUAUAUGAAAACAAAACACUAUAUUUACACCAAACCAAAUCCAAAACAUUUCAAUUAAGCAACAAUAAUAAGACACUUGUUAGUCUACAACCAACUUGUUAUAGUGAAAGACAAUUUUCUAAAAAUCUUCUUCUCUUUUUAAUCCUCUGUUUUUCCUUUUCUUGCUUAACGAUCAAGGGCUGAUUAUGUUCUUCUUCUCCUCCGUAGACGGGAAAAGUUGAAGCCAAGAAUAAUGUCUAAGAAAGGUUCCCGAAUUAAAAGCUUAAAGGGGUUUGGUUCAAAGGUUCAUUGUGAAGAUCAUUUGUCUGACUCAGCAUCGAGCACCGAAACUUCCCAUGAAGCCAAAAACGUUGGUGUGCAGGACAAUAAAUCUUCUUAUAACAAGUGUGAGGCUCUACAUAUACGUAACUCAGAACCAAAAAGAAAAAACGCUCAGGUUGAGACUCCAGGGACAUUGCCUUCCCGUUUUCCAGAGUUCCAUGCAAGUGAGCAAGGUCCAUGGUCUGCAAUGAUUUGCUAUGAAGCCUGCGUACGGCUAUGUCUUCAUUCGUUGGCAGCAGAUGGUGACAGCGAGGCUUCAUACUUCCUCAAAAACGAUUGCGUUUUACUCCGAAAUGCAUUUGGUUUGCAGAGUUUCUUGCUUCAAUCUGAAGAAGAACUACUUGGAGACAGACCUUCUAUCUUGGUUAGUGAGACAACUGCUCAAAAAUCCAAAAAAGUUGUUGGAAAGAUUAAACUCCAAGUUGGUAAGAUCAAAAUGGAAUCAGAUCCACAACCUGGUUGCGGUACUAUUCCAUCACUGAAGCAUGAAGUUAUUAGUCAGCAACUGGAGGAGCUGAAUGCUACUUUGUAUUCUGGAUGGAAAGCAGUGAAGAGAGUUCAUGUCGCUCCCCAAGUUACUCCAAAAGGUUCGAUUUCACGUAAAAGUCUUGAGUAUAUGCGUGCAUGUGCUCACUACCUCAAAGAGGUCUCAAAAGUCCUCCGAAAAGAAUUUGUUACAUCUAACGGUGCCAAACCACGUUCUCUCCAAGCAUCACAAGAAAAAUUUUCAUGUUGUAUGAAGCUGAAGAGCUCUAUGGAGGAAGAUCAAGUUAAAACACAACCUGGAUCCGGAGAAACAUUUUUCUUCUUACCAGAUAGUAUCGGUGAUGAUUUGAUUGUUGAAGUUCGCGAUUCCAAGGGGAAGUUUUGUGGUCGUGUCUUAGCUCAACUAGCAGCUAUAGUUGAAGAACCGGUGAGAUACAUGUUAAUCCACUUAUGUUGUUGUGUCUACAAGAUGAAUUGUUCUAAUAAUCUAAAGUGCUGGCUGUUUUACCAGAGCGAGAAGCUUAAAUGGUGGGCAAUAUAUCAUGAACCAGAGCAUGAACGUAUUGGGAAAAUCCAACUUCAUAUAAACUACUUAAGCAGCUUAGAUGAAAAAACUAAGUGUGGGUUGGUGGCAGAAACUUCAGCAUAUGACUUGGUCUUGGAAGUGGCUAUGAAAGCUGAACAGUUUCAGAGCCAAAACCUCGUGAUUAAAGGGCCAUGGCAUUGGAUGGUAACUCAGUUUGCCUCGCUUUACGGCAUUUCUGAUGCAUAUACAAAACUAAGAUAUCUUUCAUAUGUCAUGGAUGUUGCCUCGCCUACUAAGUACUGCAUUGAUCUGAUAUAUGAUUUUCUAUGCCCUGUUAUAAUGAAAAAGAACUAUAAAGCUACAUUGAGUCAUCAAGAGAAUCGAAUGCUUGCGGAGAUUGAUGAAAAAGUCCAGCAUGUUCUUGCUUUGAUAUUCGAGAAUUAUAAAUCUCUAGAUGAAUCUUGUUUCUCUGGAAUCAAACAUGUUUUUGAGCCUCCUACAGGCACUCCUGCACCCGCUAUAGCAUCAGCUAUCAAGCUUUACGGUCUUCUCAACAACUUGUUAAGCCAAGAGACACAACUAAGCCUUUGCAGAUACUUUCAGGCUGCUUUAAAGAAAAGAUCAAGAAUAUACUUCUUAGAAACAAAUGACACACUUGACAAAGGCAUUGAGGAUGUCACUUCUUAUCAGAAGUUGAAGUCUUUAGUUCUUAGCCUUAAGAAGGAAAUCUCCACUGAUAUAGCCAUCCAUAAAAGCAAUGUGCUCCCAAGGUUUAUAGACCUCCCAGAUCUUUCAGCAGCAAUAUAUAGGACUGAUCUACUCAAAAUACUAAUCGAAUAUCUUAUCACAUGGCCUCCUCCUUCACCAUCUCCUCAAGUUGUAGACCUUGUCAUUACAACUGCCGACUUUGAAGCCGAUCUCACGCGUUGGAAACUAAAUCCAAUCAAAGGUGGCUUCAAUGCAAGAGAGCUUUUCCAUUCAUAUAUUACUAGUUGGAUCGAAGAGAAAAGAAGUGCUCUAUAUGAGUUCUGCAAGUCAGAAACGGGAAAAUCAUGUAGUGAGAUUCAAGGCCUGACCUCACCUUUUGUCGAUGAUAUGUAUGAGUUACUCAACGUGACACUCGAUGAAUAUAAUAUCAUCAUCAGGCGUUGGCCAGAAUAUGGAGUAUUCUUGGAGGAAGUUGUUGUGGAUACUGAAAGGGCAAUGGUUGAAGCGUUGGAGAAGCAGUUUUAUGAAAUUUUAAAUCCUUUAAAGGAUAGCAAGAUAUCUGCAUUGAAAUACGUUCAGAGAUUGACCAAGAGAGGCACAUACUCUGUUCCAAAAGAGCUUGGAGUCUUUCUAAAUUCAAUGAAAAGAGUGCUUGACAAGUUACGGUCGAGUAUAGAGGAACGUUUCGAGGAGUGGAACUCUUAUCUAUCUGAUAAAAAGAAGAGAGUGUUGGGAGAGAAGCUGAGAGAAGUGACUGUACUGUUAAAAGCCAAGCUCAGAAGCUAUACGCAAGCGCUCGUGGAGAAGCUAGUAGAGAACAUGAGUUUGCAACAUCACAUGAAAAUGAAGCACGUCAUACACGACUUAAAGGAGACAACAACAGAACCUGACGUUAGAGACCGAAUGCAGAGUUUGAAGGAUGUAGCAGACAAGACCAUGGAACAACUGCAUUGUGUUUUGUCGGUCGAUGUGUUUGUCUUAAUAUGCAAAGGGAUAUGGGAGAGCAUGGGACAGGACGUGAUUCUCCUUUUGACAGAUAAGAAAUACAACGUGACUUGGCACAAAGGCCUCACUAUCUCAGUUUCUGUUUUAGAUGAGAUAUUUGAGGAUAAGAUGCAAAGUUUGCUCGGUGAUUCGGGAAAGGGAGUGAAUUUCGAGGCGCCGAGAUCGAUAGUUGAGCUACGAUCUAUGAUCUCUGAAGAUAAGAAAGGCUACUAAAACUGAGAGAGAAACUGUUUGUUAUCUUUGGGGUAGUUAAAAAGAAACAAACUGUUUAUUUUUGAGUUUUUUUUUUUGCUUAAUAAAAUGUGUAGACAGAAAUAUAAAUAUGAUAAGCAAAUUCAUCUA